AUGGCUGAGUGUGCCGUGGCCACAGCAAAAGCAAAUGUUAUGCUGUAUGAUUCGAAGGCUAGUACUUGGAUCCCAAGUGGUCCAGGACAUGGUAUUUCCAAAGUUCAACUAUAUCACAACACGUUAACUAAUGCCUAUCGAGUUGUCGGAUGGAGGUUACCAGAUCGCGAGGUUGUUAUUAAUUGUGCCAUUGCACGCGGGUUAAAAUAUCACCAAGCGCGUCCAACGUUUCAUCAAUGGCGUGAUAGUAGACAACAAGUUUACGGUUUGAAUUUCACAUCAGUUGAAGAAGCAGAUGCAUUUGCUGCCGCUGUUAAAUCAGCCUUAGAAAGUCUAGCUGCACUACAUUGUCAACAGGCUUUACAAGCUCAACAACAACAAUGUAAGCCUCCUGUCACUUAUGAUCAGUUGGUGUCAAAUGAAACAACAACAACUACUAUUCAUCAAGAUAUACAAUUAAACCAAUAUCAACAAUCAAAAUACCGAAUACCAAAUCAACAGCUAUCAUCGAAUCAACAAGCAACUAACUAUACUAAUAAUAACAACGAAGCAUAUUCUGCACAACCCACGGGAAUAUUAGUCCAAAAUCGUCAAAUUUCAUCCUCUGACAUAACUGAACCAACUGAAAGUUGCAUCGAUCAGAACAAAGCAUUAUCGAGUCAGCAGUCUGAUCGAGACACUUUAUGCAAUGAUUACAAUGAGGCAAUUGUGAACAGUGUAAAUAAUAUUAUUUUAAGUGAUAAUCAGAAUGUCUACCCGGGUUAUACAACAACAACAUGCAAAACUAAUACCUCUAGUCAUCAGAAUACUGAAAUUUCACGUCUUAAAUCAUCAAUGGAACAAAAUGUAUCCGCAAUAAAUGGUUGUUCAAUGAAUGGUAAUACAGACCAUGGUAUAAAUUGUGAUUCACCGUAUUAUUCAUCUUCAGACGAUAGUGUACGUAAUCUUCGUGGUCUGCCUAAUGGAUCCAAUGAACCUCAUGUGAAUCCAACUUCAUCCUUGACGUUGAAUGCUUCCAAUUUUCCCAAUAACAAUGUUAAAUUAUUAGGUGGGAAUUCAGAUGAAUCUUCUGUUAUUACCAGAUCUCUUUCACCAAAUCAAUGCACUUCAAUUAAUAAUACCAAGUCCCAACAAUCGAUUCCCGCCCCACCACCACCACCACCGCCACCGCCUCCCCCACCUCCACCACCACCAAUGGCUAAUAUACCUGGGUCAAAAAAUUGGCAUCAAAACACCACAGCAACAAUAAGUAAUAAACUAUUAGGUUCACAGUCUGCUGCCGAGAAUUCUGAUACUAGUGACCAUGAUAGUGUCGCUGAAUCUGGUAGUUUAGAUGCUCAAUUACGUAUGGCCAGACAACAACGUAUUCGUGCUGCUUCUGUUGCUGGAUUAGGAUCUUCUGAUUUUGCAUCAACUAUUUCUGGCCCACGUACUCAUGGUGUAGAUAUGAUGACUGAUCUUCAACGUGUUUUGGCAGCACGUCGACGUGCUAAGGAAGCUGAAGAGGAUUCGAAUGCUACAACUGGCGUUAUAUCUACACCAAGUAAUAACACUUCGACAUCAACAACAGUUAGUAAUUCAAAUAGUGAUCUACCAACUGCCAGUUCUCCUGUUCGUUCACAUUCUGUCAUAACAAAUGCGUUUCAAAGUCAGAAUUCUUCCACAAAUACUAGUUCAUCCAUUGUACCUGGUUAUGCUACAUUACGAAAAGUUUCCAGUCCAUCUCUGGAUUCAACAACAAAUAAUUCUCUAUCCAACUCUUGUUUAACUAAUAAUUCCAAUAUUGGGAGUACAACAGUAAAUCGAGCUGAUUUAGAAGCAUUUAAACGUGAAUUAAUAUCGGAAUUUCGUCGAGAAGUUCAACAAUUAAAAAAUGACGUAAUCGAAGCUCUUCGUGCAUCUUCUAUUCGAAAUUGCUAG